UUGGAGAAGGCUUCCCAUUUGGGACCGACAAGAACGCGAGUUGUUUUUCAGAUAUAAAUCUCGCCCCAUCUUGAACCAGAAGAGAACAAGUAAUGGAAUACAUGACUACACAUAACGGCACGUUCCGUGACCAUUUAAUUUUCCUUUUGCUAUCUCUUUUUGUGAGGAUUCAUGCAAGUCAUGUGAGUGAAGCGCUGCCUCCGCCACGGAAUGUAGUUUUGAUUACCUUAAACACCAAUUACACACUGAAGUGGGACUGGAACGAGACGACUUCGAAGACGGAAGCUGUUUCGUUUUCGGUCCAAUAUAUUUCGAUCUACAAGCUCGAUUCCAAGAAAAGGCACAACUGGUCUAUUGCCUGUGACAAGACGUAUUCCAAGUCUUGUGACCUUACCGCAUAUAACCUGCACUAUUUGGGCAUGUACAUGGUGCGUGUACGCACCAAUGACAAUCACAGUCAUUCAGACUGGGUGCAGAAAGAAUUUUGUCCAGAGAAGCAUGCUGCAGUUGGUCCACCAUCCAAAGUGGAAUUGGCUGUUUCUGUGAACAACCUCGAUGUUUUGAUCUCCGAUCCACUGACCAGUUCAAAUCGCUCGAUGAAAGUGAAUCUUCCCAAGAUGUACUACAACAUUGUGUACUCGGAACAUAAUGCAAACAAGCGGGCUCCACAGCCCCAAAUUAUGAACACAAGUACAAAUAUGGUAACUCUGACAGACCUGAAAUCUUGGACAUUGUACUGUGUUCGGGUCCAGUCACGUUCUGACCGUCCCGAUAAGAGCAGCAAAUUCAGCUUGCCACAUUGCAUUCAGACUGAUGGCUUCAUCCCUUGGUGGCAAAUUGUUGUGUACUUCUUGGGCUCUUUGGUGAUGUGUUGUACAGUUGUGGCCCUCUUCUUGUAUAUUCUCUUUAGAUUUUAUGAGACAUUCAAGAUGACAUUCUGUCCUUUGAUCCACCUUCCACAAUUUUUCCAAAAGUAUCCUCUUGACUCCCUUGGAUCUGAUAUUCCUUGUCUUCUCCCCGUGGAAUCUGAAGCUGAACUCUUUUGCGAUAUCGUCACAAUAUGUCCGAAACCUCCGGAACAUCACAGUCACUCCUCAAAAGAUCCACUGAUGCCCCCUUUCGGUCUGGAGCCUGCUAGUAGUUCAACUGCUCUGUACAAUCAUCAGGACAUAAGGAGAAGCACAGACUCUGGAGUUUACUCCACUGAUGGCAGCAAAUGCCAGCAACAUCAGUUAAACAGCAGUCAAUCCUCCUUUGGGCCCGACCAAGACCCUGUUGACUUGGAUCCUGUGAAAAUACACGACACGAGUCCAGGGCAUGACAGUCGGUGUGAGAGUGCGGUUGAACAUUUUAUAGACCGUUGUUUAUGAAGAUAUGCAGUGCAACCUCUCAGGUGAAACAAAACAAAUUUUACAACAAAGGCAUAUUUUUCCCUCAAAAUGUAGUCAUACAAUUUAGGAGGGUCUCUAUCCAUCCAUCCAUCCAAACCGCUUAUCCUCACAAAGGUUGCGGGCAUGAUGAAGCCUAUCCCAGCUGACUUCGGGCUGUAUGCGGGGUACACCCUGAACUUGUUGCCAACCAAUCGCAGGGCACACAUAGACAAACAUCAACAAUUCACUCUCACAGUCACGCGUCAGGACAAUUUAGAGGAUCAAUUAACCUAUCGUGCAUGUUUUUGGAAUGCAGGAGUAAAAUGGAGUACCCGGAGAAAAAAACACGCAGGGACAAGGAAAACAUGAACAUUUCACAUAGGCAGGCUGGAGGCUGGAUUCUAACCCAUGAUCUCUGUACUGUGAGGCAGAUGUGCUAACCAGUCGUCCACCAUGCCACUUAAGGUUGGUACCAGUGUCCCUUUCCUAAUCCCCUGAACGUUCUGCCGGGGGUGAUGUGUGAGAAGGCACGGAGUUGGGCGCAGACGUGUCCGUUUGUCGACACUACGUUUUAAAAAACACAGGUCUCCUUUUUCGGAGCUGCAACAUGUAUCUAUAUCUGUAUUUGAGCUAUAUUGUAUUAGCCUACGAUCAAAAUCUUUUUCCAUUUGCAAACAUUUUUUUAUAAAGCUCCAGGGAGACACUAGAUGUCACUAAAGAGCCGCAUUUGGCUCUGGAGCGGCGUGUUGCCGACCCCCGAGCUAGACAAUGUCAGACCAUAUUCUGCAGGUGUUACAACAGCGUGGCUUCGUAGUAAUCCAGUGCCUGCAGUCCAGACCAGUCUCCCAUUGAAAAUGUCUCACAUUAUGAAGUGUAAAAGAUGACAAUAUUAUAUUGUCGUCUUUACGUUUAAUAUCUUCAUUGGAAUUGGGUUUCUAUGUUUAUUGGGGAAUUUUUAUUCUACAGUAUUUUGUUUGUAUGAUUCAAUUGCCUGCAAUUUGAUUCUUAUAGAAUCUGCAUUGAUGUGUGUAUUGUCAUCUUGUUUUUAUACCAAAUUAAAAUAUUAUGGAAAAC